AUGAGUGGAAGGUCUAACGACAAGCAAUCUCUUUCUCGAUACAAAGAAAUGUUUUCUGACUUAGUUAAUGAGCAUUAUGAAAUGAAAUUCGAUAAAUUACUCCCUACUCAUAAUGGAGGCUCAGAAUCAGAGGGGCAUGAUCUGGCAAAAGUGAUAAGCGAUUACCCCGAAAAGGGGGUGCUCUCAAGUAUCAUGCCCUCCUUGGAAACCAAGCUGGACAACACGGCUUUUCUUGUGGCAUUCAUUACAUCAGCUCAUGACUACUCACUUUCUGGGAAAUUUGACAAGGAAGAGGCAGAUGCAGUGCUUAAAGCGCUUUUCUCAAAGGUUGUGGCAUCUUUCAAUAUUGAAAGUGUGACAAGCUCACACCAUACGCGAGGUCUAUACGGAGGGACUUCCGGCUACGAUGGGCCCAGCAAUAAUUUGCGGAUUUCCCCGAGCCUGGUAGUUAAGUUGAUUCAGUUUGCUGAUGCCACGGGCAACGACAGCACGAAAUUAAUCAACACCCUUACUGAAUACACCUUAGAUGUCAAGGAAGGGACAGAGGAAAGUACUUUCCAUGACUUCCUGUUCCCAGUUGCGAACGGCAUCUGCGCACACAUAGAUACAACAGAGCGUUCCUCUACCGGAAGUGAACGGCGAUUUAUGAAACAUAUGCUGGCCAAAUAUGUGCGUGACUACGUCAAAAAGGCCCCUCCAUCACCACCGCCCGACUGGAAAAAGAAGACGACCAUCCGGUGUAUCUGCCUCAACUGUGCCUCUCUACGCGAUUUCAUCGAUGACCCGUCCAGCACAACGAAGGAUUUCGCGCUGGGUGAAAAACGCAGGAACCAUCUGGAUCAGCAAAUUGAUAAGACUUUCUUCACUACAACUAUCGUUAGAGCCAACCCGCACAAACUGCGAGUUGAAAAAACACAAGCUCUGCUUGUUUCCGACUUCAAAGCCUGGGUCGCACGAGUACAGAUCGCGAACUCUGUGCUGGACCAAUUGUCUCAAAAGGGCUACCUGGAGGACAUGCUUGGAAAUCAAUAUCACUCUAUCCUUUCUCACCAGAAUCUCGUACUUCCCGAUGACCUACCUGCACUUCCCGCACCUCCUGGUCUUAGGAAUAUGGUUCAACGCACCGUGCCAGCUAAGCGUCCUUUCGGACAAUGA